CGUACCAAUUUUCCGCUUUGCCGUGACACUUUCGAGAGGCUUUACUGUUGCUACUUAUAUAUCGACGAAUUACUUUCAGUGAAUCAUCCAGAAAACAGAACGAUAUCGAGAUACUCGUGAAUCAUAGGACGGGUUAUAGGAAACAUCCGAUUAUUAGAAUCGUUAAAGAUGUAUCACAAACGAGAAGACUUAUUGCGAAGAUCUUGUGUAUCCUCGAGACUCGUGCUCGAUAGAAACCACACGACGAAAUUAAGGGACCACGUAUGGUUGUUUCACGUGCGGAACUUCCGGUUGCUGAUCCGUGAGAACACACACAAGCGACAAAUAGAUUCACGAUUGCCGAUAAAAAGAUAGAAACGGAUGGAAAGCGAGAGAAGAGGCAAGAGAGGACAGACUCGAGUCGGUGUACGCACAUAAUGUACGAGUCCUGAGAAGAGUCGGAGUCUCUCCCGGAGGCGCGGCGCCGCGCCGCGCCACGGCACGACGUUGUGACUAUAAGUAAGUCUCGCGCGGCGCGCCGCGGCUUAAUGCCGUUGCCGCGUUCGUGGCGCCAAGAGGAGGGCCCAUUGGCGACGAUAAGCCUCCUUCGUGUCCGGCACGAACGAGAAAAAGAAAGAAAAAAAAAACGGAGAUAGAUACACAGCAGUCAGCUUUCACCCGCGUUUCAGCAGUGAAUAUAUAUACCCCGCCGGGGUGUGGAUCGGAACAGUGUAGAUAAUACGUAGCUGUCAGUCGUAUCCGGCCAGUGUCAGUCUAGAGCCAGUGUCGGCGAACAGAGUGACCGAGUGUCGUUCGCGAGCCACUCAAUAACACCUAUCGGAAAGAUAAACUUUCAACCCUUAAACGUUAUCAUUCGAAACUCGAUGAGAUCUGCUUCGUACGUUCUUUCUCACUUGCCAUUCUAAAUAAGUUAUUUAUGUUUAUUUUUUUUUUUUUUUUAAUUCCAUUUAAAUUCGAAUCACCACCGAAUCGAGGCUUAUGGUUUUAAUCCUCUUACAAACGUACUCUUUGCUCCUACUUCAAGUGGAUAUUUAUUUUAUUACCCUUUUAUUACCAAGUGAUUGUAAAAUUACUUGUGUCCUGUGAUUCGCGUAUUCUAUUAUUCGAUAGUAAUAAAAAUCGGUGCAAGUGUCAGACAUAGAAAGUAGUGACAAAGACAGAUAGGGAACGGUGAACCGAGAAGCAGUGGAAGGUGAUUGGUAUCAAGGGGAUGCGCAUGGUCCGUUCGGACCGGGGAAGAUCACCUCUGUCUACGAGCACGGACCUUUCUACUGGCCCGUUUGGAUGGUGACCAGCACGGAAGCAUUUUAACGUUCAAACAACCAUGUCGGGGCUGCUUUACACGCUUUUAGGGUUGGCGGCUAGCUCGAGCCUUCAUUGCGCUGUUCGCCGCGAGAUAAGCCCAUGCACCUGCCGACAGGAAGCGUUCUCCAGCACCGUUAUCAACCCGGCGCAGGCUGCUGUCGCUGCUGUAGCCGCUGCGGCUGCUGCUACGACCGGUAACAAUGCCGGUCACCAUGGACACGGGGAACGGAUCGAGGUCGUAUGCGAACGGAUGGACUCUUUCGAACAAGUGGCAGGGGCAUUAAGGGGCAAAUUCACCACCGAGCAACAGAUUACUUUGCGUGUUUCUCAUUCAAAUCUCAGGGAUAUAUCGCGGCAUGAUUUCAAAGAGCUGCGGAUGUCCAUUACGAAACUCGAGCUGAAUCACGAUCGUCUAGGGUUCGUAGACGGCGAAGUUUUCGCGGGGUUGGGAAGAACGCAAUAUCUUAGUCUCGCGGAUAACGAAGUACCAUCUAUACCGAGACAUAUUCUGUCGCAUCUCUCAUUGCUGAGGACCCUAGAUCUCAGCAGAAAUCGGAUAAGCCGUAUAGACUCGGAUGACUUUAAGUACAAUCCGACAUUACAGCAUCUCCUGUUGGCCGGAAAUGCGAUUUCAGAAAUGGUGCCAGGCUCGUUGCCACCAUUAGUGAAGCACCUACACGUUGGCCGCAAUCAGUUACAAAGCCUGAAUCGAACGUUACGAGAUUUGAAUCAGUUGGAGUGGUUGCUAAUUAACGCCAACGAGCUCACGUCUUUAGAUGGUGAGCUACCGUCUUCUGGCCAUAACCUGAAGAUGCUCUACGCCGUGGACAAUAAAUUAACUCACUUGCCGGCAGAAUUUCGCUACUUACAUCGUUUGGAAAGUCUGUAUCUUCAGCACAAUAAGAUUCGCAGUCUCGAUGGCACGCUGCAAAAGGCUCGUAGAUUGAAGUUUCUCGAACUUUCGUACAACGAUCUGCAAGAGUUAACGGAAGAAGAUUUCCUAGAAGCAGAGAUGUUAGAAGAUCUAGAGCUCGGACACAAUUCUCUAAAAUCGUUGGGUAGCGCGGGUAAUGGUAAUGGCGACGGAAACGGGGGCAACAGUGUCCUUUACCCUCUCAGGUCUCUCAAGUGUUUAAACUUGACGCACAACGAGCUUCGCGAGUUCUCAUUCGCGUCACUUCGUGGCCUGCGCGAGCUACGAUUGCUCGAUCUCUCGAACAACAGAAUCGCGCGACUCCACAGAGGAAGAACGCCGUCAGAGAAUUUAGUAGAAGAGGAAGGAGAAGAAACGGCGGGCGGAAAUAUUCAAGAUAUGCAACUGCAACACAACGAACUUCGAAGCUUGGACGGCUCGUUAUUCCUUGGAAUGAAGGAAUUACAGAAGCUGAAUCUCAGUUACAACGCUUUAGGACCGACGAUUGGACAGCGUGAUCUACGAGGCCUCGAUGGUCUCAAAGUCCUCGAUCUCUCUCACAACGAGCUUACUACACUUGAAGAUACGUCAGAGACGUGGCUUCCUUCCCUGGAGGAAUUGAACGCAUCGCACAAUCGUUUGGUAACAUUGUCCGAGAGAGACUUCCGUGGAUUUCCUGUGCUCUGCUGGGCAGAUGUGAGCGCAAAUCGGAUACGUACUCUGAUGCCGGAACUCGUGGCGAACACACGUUGCACUGUUCAUGGUGUGCCUGACGUGCUUCGCAUAUAUCUUCAAGAUAAUCCAGUGUUGUGCGAUCCUGGACUCGCAGACUUGACCGUGGCUUUCGAAGUCAAUCACGCGAAAGUCUAUGGUGUGGCCAAUAAUUGUCCAACGACCGUUGCAACUCCCACCGAGCAAACAUCGCCGCUUCCGCCGUUACCACCAACGCUGUUAUUGGCCGCCGCCGCCGCUGCUUCCGGAGGAAAUGUUUCUUUCGCCGCGACCCUCGAGUAGUCCAUUAGAAGUAGAAUGAGAAUCGUAGGACGCAAUCGAUGGACAAAAGAAAGUUCGAACGGAGACAAAGAAGACGAAGAAGAACGAAUUUAUUCGAUUCGUGGUCGCCCGUUUGCGCGAGGCUACACAUGUAAUAAUACAAACGAUGAUAAACAUACGUGAGAUGGACACGGUGACGUUGAAAUGCCCGUUCUAUUGAUCAUUGUGAUAAACCAGAAGUGUGAAGAAACGGGCGGUGCGAAUCUUGGUAUAGCCUCGCUUUCAAGUUCGAUACGGGCGUUUUAGUUCGUUUAAUCUAAUCCGCUUGCGUGUAUUUCUUGGAAGCAUCCAAAUAAAAAAAACAUUGUAUAAUAAUAAUAGGAUAACACACAUACAUAUAUAUACAUAUACACGCAUACAUACUCACAUACAUUCAUGGAAAUCACGAACACUGACGAGACAUUUCAUACGUCGCUCGCGACGAAUCCCAUAAUCGACAGCUGACAACCUUUCACGAUCAGACGUCGGUCUCUAAUCGAUAGAUGUGUACUGCAUUUGCUGUAGUAAUUAUUACGUAACGAGAGAUAUAUAUUUAUUUUAGCGAGUUUCCAACACAUAUCAUGAUAGGUAUGUUUCCUUUUAUCAGAACGGAACGAUUUCCCACAUUUUAGUUUUAACUAUGUGGAACAGUGGAGCACGAAGACUCGAAAACGAACUCCAACGUGUCCAAGAAAAUCAAAAAAGAAAAGAAAAAAAAAAGAUGUUAUAUACUCAUGCGAACGUAAGCUGAAAGAAUUGAUGAAUAUCACCUUUGUCUAAGUCGAGGUCCAGAAACAACUUGCUUAAGUUUCUGUUUUAUAGUAGGUGACAUUAUUACGCUGUAAAUAGUCAUUAAUUCCGUUACUUCUUUAAUAUCACGCACCUUGUUUGCGGUAGAAUUAGACGAUUCUUCGAGCGUCCAUUUCAAAUUCCAAUUUGCGUCGUAUUAUUUAGGAUUUUCGUCUACUUCUUUUAUUGUAUUAAUAUCUUGAAAUAAUUAUAUAUAUAUACAUAUACAUGUAUAUAUAUAUAAUAUAUUAUAUACGUGUGUGUGUAUACACACACGAAGCUUUCGAAAUCGAUUAAUUAAAUUACCUUUUAAUCGAGCUCGAAAUCAUCAUCAUUUAAUCAUUCAUACUUCAAAGUAUUAUCCGUAACGCUUAUGCGAUGUAUCGUGUAUCAUGAUUUUUCGUGCUCCCAUUGCCUUAGAUUAUUCAUUAAUAACAUCGGUUGAUACGAGUAAUAUCUAGUAUGACAUUACAUUGUGUAAGAUAAUACGUAGAAUAUUCGUUGACGCAUUCAGUAUAAUAAUUGAAUAUUUAUUUUCUAUUAAGCGAAAAUAUGAAAUUUUAAAUUAAAUAUAAUAAAUAGAGAUUUACUAGGCAUUAAUCGUAUCGAACCCGAUCGAACACAGACAACGUGAAUACGGCUAGUGUACAUCAUAGUAAUGCAUCGAUUCCCAUCGUCAACGUUUCGAUCUUUAAUUAAAUUCCUGAAUGACCGAGUAAAUGAACGAUCGGGCGGGUCAAUAGUGUAAGUGAAAUCUGUUAACUGACGUUGUGUACGCGAUAUGGGCUGAUUGGCAGUGGGCGAUCAAUUGACUCUCUCGUUAACUCUUGCCAAUAGGGAUGAAUUGUUAUCAACGUGCUUCUACGCAUACAUAAUAAAUUGGCCCUUUCCAUGUACGAGUAAGACGCGUAAAUAUCCCGUAAGUAGCUAUGUUAACAUCAAAAUUGAAUGUAAAAUACAGUAAAUAGUGAAAAAUUCAAUUUUCCGCACGAGUGAUGAAAAAAUUGAAUUCAACAAAUUUCAAUCGAUCGAUAUCGUUUGAACACUAUAAUUCUGAUGCGAUUUAACGACCCAACGCAUAAUUGUAUAUUCAAAUAAAAACAAAAUCAUGAAAAAUUAAAAAAUUUCAGAAUUUUUUCCAGUAUAAACAAAACAAUAACAUCGUUAAAGGUUUAUUCAUAAUGUCAUAUGUUCGUCUCUUUUGUUUUGAAAUGAUCAAUAGGUUUUAUACGAAAUAUAAUUGGAUUUUGUCUGUUGCAUAGAAACGAGUUUUUAAUAUAUCGAGAAGAAAACAGUUGUUAAUAUCGACUGCUAGCUUCAAUGGCUAGGACUUGAAAUCGAAAUAAUUUAAUAAUAAAAUAUUUUUUAAAUAAGAGAAUUUUAAAGACGGCAAGAAAUAAAAAUUAAAUGAUCGAGUAUUAGAUAAUAUUUAUAACAGAUUUUUGAUAACUAGAUAAAUAAAUAUAUAUUUACAAUUUAGUAAAAUUAACAAUUUAAAAUAAACUUAACCACUCAUGGAAUAGAUAAUUUCAAAUGUAUCAUAUAUAUAAGUGCCAUAUAUAAGUAGAAAUCAAGUGGAAACUUCUUUAUAAUUUUAGUAUCUAAAUAAUUUAUCUACACUGUGAUUAGCAGUUUACUGUUUCCAAUCUGAGCUGUAGGCAAAUAGUACAUUAAGAUACGUGUCACAACAUAUGUAUGUAACAAUACCACAGAUACUUAUACUAAUAAUGAAUAUAUUUUAAUAAAAUUAUACCAAUGUUAAGUUUUGCUAUAUAUAGUGUUGCAAAUUUUUCAUAUGUAAUAAAGCAAUUCAGUUAUUAAUUUUUAUUAAUAAAGGCUUUAAUCUUAUAAUAAAUA